AGCCAAGUCGCGUCUCUGGAAGUUCCUAGGAGAUUGCCUCCGCUACAGAAUGUGACGGAGUCUUUCCCUCCGAUCUGUCUUUGCAGAAAGUUGCAGACCAUGGACAGUUGAGGGAAACGGAGUCGCAAAUCCGAACUGCAUCGAUUUGGAUCGUUCAAGACCGCCCGAUUCUGACGAUUCGGACCGUGAUUUACACCGCUCUAACUGAUUCGCAAUUCGGGAAAAUACAGAGCGAGCAUACAUUUCUCCUCCCAAAUACAAAGCUAUCUUCGUUCCAGAGCCGGACCGUGGCAAUUCCGUAAUUCAGACCUAUUUCAGCUCUCUCACUCUAUCCUCUCUGAAAGAAAUAGAAAGAUGCUACAGAAUCACCCACAACAGAUGCUUCAUUCUCCAGCGAGGUUAGGUCUCCCAAACCCUAAUUCCCCUUCAACCCUCCUUCCCAACCCUCCCUCCUCCUCUACCCCCAAACUCUCUUCUUCUUCCACUUCCUCCCAACAACAACAACAGCAGCAGCAACAACAACAGCAACAACAACAACAACAACAAUCACAACCACAACAACAACCACAGCCACCAACAACACCAACAACGAUAACCACAACAAGAACUUCUUCAACUCUGCUAUCCCUCCUCCCACCUCUCCCCCGCGCCCAAUCCCUCCUUUUCCAAAUGGCCUCCCUCGCCACCAAGCUCUUCGAAGUAUCCCCUAACCGCUCUCUAUGGGUCGCCUCCUUCCGCGGCUCCCUCCCUCAGUUCCUCCCUUCUGCUUCUUCUUCCCAACCAUCAUCAUCGUCAUCGUCCCAUGUCGAUUUGUCGCCUUCCUCCACCAAGGAGGUGCUUUCCCUCUUCACCUCCCUCCAGACCCAGCUCUUCGAGGCCGUCGCCGAGCUCCAAGAGAUCCUGAACCUCCAAAAUGCCAAGGUCAGGGUGGCGUGCGACAUUCGCUCCAAGGAUGCUGCCAUCCUUGCCUUCGCCAAGAAGCUCAAAGAAGCCCAGCACGUGCUCGAUCUCCUUGCCGACGACUAUGCCAGCUACCGCCGCCCCAAGCGCUCCAAGCCACCGUUCUCUCAUGACGUCCCGGUCGUGGACCCCACUGCCCUCUCUCUCGGAGAAGGGUUGAGCCUGUCAGACAUACUCUCGUAUGCCCACCGCAUCAGCUACACAACGUUUGCACCACCCGAGUUCGGCGCUGGGCAGGUCUCCCACUCCCGCGGUGCCCUCCCCCCAGCCCCACAGGAGGAGCAGAUGCGUGCCUCCCAGCUCUACAACUUCGCUGACCUUGACAUCGGCCUGCCCAAGGCGGCUGAGGCCAAGGAGAAGGCUGUGGAGACACUGAUCGAGGCAGUGCAGCCGAGUGAGGCACCGCUCGUUGAUUUGGCUGCAAUCCAGGGAAUGCUCAUCCCCCCUCCACCUGCGAUCCCUUCAGGUUGGCGCCCAGGAAUGCCGGUGGAAUUGCCAAGCGAUAUACCGAUAGUCCCACCUGGUUGGAAGCCUGGGGACCCCAUCCCGUUGCCGCCAUUGGAUGCCCACAUUGGUCCUAAGAAGGAUGAGGAGCAAAGGCCUGUCGUUCAAAUGCCAGGCGCACCGUUGCCUCCGAAGGCACCAGAGCCAAUUCAGGUUAGGUAUGUUGAGCUCGACAUCAACCCAGAUCAGGAUGAGUACAGCAGCGAUUAUAGCAGUGAGGUGCAUAGCUCUGAGGAAGACGACGAAGAUUGAUUUUUCAGCUAUAUGCUAUGUUCACCACCAACAUCAUCACGGUACGCCAUUUUUGGAAACAUCUUUCUGAAAAAGAGCUUCACAAGUCUUAUUGCUUUUUCCCCCCCUCUCUCCCCAAAGAAAUCUUCAUGUGCCAUAUAUUUAAUGUUCUUUAUGUGGGUUCCAAAAUCCAAAAGUGGAGCAAGAUUUUCAAAAAAUGGUCAAAAUUUCUAUGGAUUACUUAUUAAAACUGAUUUUAUGUGGCAUCUUGAUGAGGGAUUUAUGCAGUUGUAGCUUUUAGGUUC